UCUUUUGUUCGGAAGCACUUUCUGCUUUGUAUUCUCCAAAAACAAAACAACGAAACCUCUCGUGAGGUUGAGGUUUGGACAUGGCGACCCAGCGUCAACCUUCGACGUCUUCGGACGCGUUUUCGUUCCUUUCCAAGGGUUGGCGGGAGGUUCGAGAUUCGGCAGACGCGGAUCUCCGGUUGAUGCGUGACCGAGCCAACUCCUUCAAGAACCUAGCGACGUCGUUUGACAGAGAGCUCGAGAAUUUCUUCAAUUCGGCGGCUCCGCCCUUCUCCGUCCCGGCCAUGCGCUCUCCUCCGCCGCCACCGGCGGAGAUCGAAUUCAUGAAGAAGCUGCAGCCGAAGCUAUCGGAAUUUCGGCGUGCGUACUCGUCCCCCGAUUUCAGCAAGAAGGUUCUGGAGAAAUGGAGGCCGAGGUCGCGGAUUCGAAUCGACUUGUCCGCUAUUAAGAACGCAAUUGUGUCGGAGGAUUGGAUUUCGGAUUUCGAGAGAGGAAAGAGGAAAGAAGAGAGUGAAACUCAGGAUUGGGAGCCAAUUCGAGCCCUGAAGACUAGGCUCAAAGAGUUUGAGAAGCGCAGUUCCUCUUUUGAUGGUUUCAAGAACAGUGAAUUCCUUGAGAAAUUCAAGGCAAGCUUGAAAUCAAUGUGCAAGGAACCUGAAGAGUCAAAGGAAGUACCACCAUUGGAUGUACCUGAACUUCUGGCCUACUUUGUGAAACAGUCUGGACCAUUUUUGGAUCAACUUGGAGUCAGAAGAGACAUAUGUGACAAGAUAGUAGAAGGCUUGUAUAGCAAACACAAGAACAAUCUUCUACUGCAGUCCCUGUCUGGGGAAGAAACUUCUGUUGUUGGGAAUGGAAACAUAAAUGAUGAAUUGGAUUCGCGAAUAGCAAGUGUCCUUCAGAGCACUGGGCACCGGUGUGAUGGUGGACUCUGGACAGACCAUGCAAAGCAUGAUAUUUCAGACAAUGAAAGACAUGUUGCAAUAGUAACAACUGCUAGUCUUCCAUGGAUGACGGGAACAGCUGUAAACCCACUAUUUCGAGCUGCAUAUUUAUCACAAUCUGCAAAGCAGAGAGUCACACUGCUGGUUCCGUGGCUUUGUAAAUCAGAUCAAGAACUAGUUUAUCCCACCAAUCUCACUUUUACUUCACCAGAAGAGCAAGAAGUUUAUAUACGUAACUGGCUUGAGGAUAGGAUUGGUUUUAAGGCAGACUUCAAUAUUUCUUUUUAUCCUGGGAAGUUUUCAAAAGAAAGGCGUAGUAUAAUACCUGCUGGAGAUACUUCUCAAUUUAUACCAUCCAGGGAUGCUGAUAUUGCUAUCCUGGAAGAACCAGAACACUUGAAUUGGUAUCAUCAUGGUAAGCGGUGGACGGACAAAUUCAACCAUGUUGUUGGUAUUGUGCACACAAAUUACUUAGAAUACAUCAAGAGGGAGAAAAACGGGGCACUCCAGGCAUUCUUUGUAAAACACAUAAACAACUGGGUUACAAAAGCAUACUGCCACAAGGUUCUUCGUCUCUCGGCUGCAACUCAAGAUUUACCCAAGUCUGUAAUUUGCAACGUUCAUGGUGUGAAUCCCAAGUUCUUAAAAAUUGGAGAGAAGAUUGCUGCAGAGAGGGAGCUAGGGCAGAAAGCCUUUACAAAAGGAGCAUAUUUCUUGGGAAAGAUGGUAUGGGCAAAGGGCUAUAAGGAGUUGAUAGAUUUAUUAGCAAAGCAUAAGGCUGACCUUAAUGGCUUCAAGUUGGAUGUAUUUGGAAAUGGAGAGGAUGCCAAUGAAGUUCAGAGUGCGGCUAGAAGGUUGGAUUUGAAUGUCAACUUUCAGAAAGGAAGAGAUCAUGCAGAUGAUUUUCUUCACGGGUACAAAGUCUUUAUAAAUCCUAGCAUUAGUGAUGUGCUAUGCACAGCUACAGCUGAGGCACUUGCAAUGGGAAAAUUUGUGGUUUGUGCUGAUCAUCCAUCAAAUGAGUUCUUCAGGUCGUUUCCCAACUGUUUAACUUACAAGACAUCUAAAGACUUCGUGGAAAAAGUGAAAGAAGCAUUAGCAAAUGAGCCUUAUCCUCUUACACCUGAGCAAAGAUAUCAACUUUCUUGGGAGGCUGCUACUCAAAGAUUUAUGGAAUAUUCCGAGCUUGACAGUGUCUUGAACAAGGAAAAGGAUGGUCCAAAGUCAAGUGCAGAUAAUGGAAAGCUCAUUGCUAAGUCAGUGUCAAUGCCUAAUUUGACAGACCUAGUAGAUGGAGGCUUAGCAUUUGCUCACUACUGUCUCACUGGGAACGAAUUCCUGAGAUUAUGUACUGGAGCAAUACCUGGGACACGUGACUAUGACAAGCAGCACUGCAAAGAUCUUCAUCUCUUGCCCCCUCAGGUAGAAAAUCCUAUCUAUGGCUGGUGAAUAGAUUGACUAGUUUGUGUGUGUGCUGGAGGAAUCCUUGUGACCCCAGAUUAUGUGACAAGAGCACUGCAUAAACCCUGCCUUUUUGUAGAAAAUGUUAUCAAUGGCUGGUGAAUAGAUUUAGUGUUUGAAUUUGUAGUUUCUGCUUUGUGUAAUAGUUAUUGAUUGUAAUUAGGAGCCUGCUAAGUUUUCAAUCCUUAAUUUUUGUAUUUGUAUUUGUUUUUGUAAGUGAUGUAGUUUAUUAUUUUCAAAACACAUGUAGAACGAUAUUGUUCAGUUCUACCAUGUAAUGACAAAAACAGAACGUUCUCCCACGUAACUUGUGGGUGCAUACUGUAAUGAAUAUGCAUCAGUUUAACAUGGAAUAACUGUU